AUGACGAAUCCAUUGCUCAAGCUAUGGCACUUAUGUGUACCGCCUCUAGAUCAACGACAUGGAACGGCACUUGCACCAUUGGGAAUCUUGGGAUCAUCUGCUACAAUCCUCUUGUCAGUCUACAUUCGAAUCAAAUAUCCAAACCUAGCAUUCCAUUGGAGAAUGCUAUUCUUGAUGCUUUGUACAUUCUUCGUUAUUCAGAAUAAUCUUUCAAGAUAUACACGUUUCCCAUGGCAAAAGAAAGGUGAAGAUGAUACGUUGGGCUACUAUGUUAUGAUUGACGUGAUUACUGGAGGCGGUAUUUUUGGAGUUUUAUCAAUGGUGAUCGAUUACCUUUUCCUGGCAAGAGAAGAUGAAUUAGACGUGAAUGGAGCAGAUGAAUAUAGAAAGUAUUUGGUGGACAAGUACCCCAAUCUUUCAGUCGAGCAAUUGAAGACGCUAGAGAAAGAACUUUGUGAUGGUGGCACUUUUGAAAGACCACUCUAUUACCCUGGAACGAAAAAUUAUUACAUCAGAGAUCUUGCUGAUGCCACACGUGGACUUGGCUACAAGAAAGGACUGAAUCAAAAAGGCAUUGCUGCGUAUGAAGGUGGUUAUUCGGCCUUGAUUGGUGCUGAAAAGCUAGAAAAUUCUGAUCCUCAAAUUGCACAAGCUGUUAAACAAGUCACCGUAUUUCGAACUCUUAAAACGUUUGUCACUUGUUUUCUCUGCUACGAUUUCUUGGAAUGGGUAAUUUCCAACAAAAAAGUCUUGGACCCAAAUACGAAUGACAGUUUAUCCGGGUUACAAGCCGCUUUACAUCAGACAAGCUUACCACAACCAUUUGCAAAGUAUUUUGUUGUUUGUUUGUUCGGUUGUGCAAUCGUGGCUAGAUUACAAGCGUUCUCAGCUUUUAUCUAUCUGAUUGCGUUAGUCUUCACCAAGCCGACUCAUAUUCCCAUCACAAUCGGACGAUGGGAGCCACUGUUGUUCUAUAAACCACAUCUAUCAACAUCUAUGGGUGAUAUGUGGGGAACGCAUUGGCAUGGUUUAAUCAGAAGACCGGUGACGGUUUUAUUCAUGCGUCCGUGCAAAACAUUGGUCAAAAAGUUAGGUUUGCCGCUCAAUAUUGGUAGAGCAGUCGGUGUCUUGCUCAGUUUUGCCUACAGUGGCUUGAUGCAUGAAGUGAUCAUGGAAGCAAUCUUACCACACAUUCGACAUCUCAAGCGCUUUACCCAAUAUGAUGAAGCUACUUUGCGUCAAAUGGGUUAUGGUUGGGGCUCGAAUAGAUUCGCUUCAACUCGUUUCUUUAUUAACUGUGGUUUAGUGGUAGUAUUAGAGGAUAUCUUUUGCUCUUUCAUUGAGCCAAAGCUUGCCGUGAUACUAUUUGGAAAGGGAAGAGAACAAAUCAUCAGUGGUAAAGCAAGGAGCGUAUUGGGUUGGUUGUGGUGUAUGUCAUGCAUGGUGGUAAUCGCCGUUGAUCUUGUUGAAACUUGGUGUCGACAUGAGUAUAACAAUGAUUCACCAAGCACUGCAAGCAUUCUGGCUAUGGAGCGUUCCACCAUUAUCGGAGCGCAAGCCACACACAAUCUUUUCGCUGUCUCUCUUACUCUUAACCUUAUGCCUUCCAACGGUUGCGGCUUACAUUCGACUUUAUCACCCUUCCUUAUCACUUCGGUGGCUUGUUUAUUGCACUACACCCAUUGGAAUGCGCCAGAUAAGCCUUCAAUCAUAUGGGGAAACGGUGAUGCAUAUAUGGGUGCAUGUGCACUUUCCAUAUUGAUAUAUACGCUUGAUUUCCUAUUUUUGGCAAGGGAUGAUGAACAAGAAAUUAAAGAUGCAGAAGAAUAUCGACAAUGGUUAGAAGAAAAUUCGUGCGAUAAAGCAAAAUCUCCUCAAGCGAUCAAAGAAGCAGAAGAAAAAGUUGCAGGAGGACCAGGAUAUACGCUUGAAAGACCGAAAUACUUUCCAGGUACAAAGGCAUGGUUACCGUUUGAUAUCUCCAUGAGUCCUCGUGCGUUUGGAUAUAAUGGUCGUGGUCAAUCUCAACGUGGUGCACCAUUCCAAGCUGGCUAUAAAGCACUGAUCGCAAGUGAAAGAUUAGAGAUGAGGAGCAAGAUUGAUAAACGUGAAGCAUCUUUACUCAAAAUGGACAAUCUCUUGUUUGUCGGAUGGAGCUUUGUGCAAUCGGUACUUAUUUCUGAUCUUAUGAUGGCUAUCAUUCUCCACCCUUCUUUGUUGGGCGUGAAAGAUUCCAUUAAAGACACCGGUGGAUUCGUGAAGAUAUCUGAAGCAACGCAAGCAAGUACAUUUGGGCCAAUCCUUACACCUUGGAUCACCGCUUUCCUCAUUGGAGCUUCUAUUCCUUUGCGUAUGCAUAUGAUCCACUUGUUCGUGUACCUCUUCACACUCCUAUUCAGCGCACCUCAUGAAGUACCAAUCACAGUAUCAAGGUACGAACCGCUGUUGUGUCCAAGAUUCUCCUCUUGCACAUCCCUCAGAUCACUCUGGUCAGAAGGUUGGCAUCAAUUACCAAGGCGACAAUAUACGGUAAUCGCAAUGCGACCAAGUGCACGUCUAGCCAAGAAGUUCAACCUUCCCGCUUCGGUUGGUCGUGCGGCUGGUUUAUUGUUUGCCUUCUUUUUGAGUGGAAUCAGCCAUGAAUUGAGCUUAGAAGGUUUAUUGGGCCAUAUUCAACACAUUGCACCGAAAUGUCGUCAAGGUGUAAGUGAAACCCAAUUACGGUCGAUGGGUUAUGGUUUUGGUGCCGGUCGAUACGUUUCAACUCGCUUUUUCCUCAGCCAAGCGAUCAUCAUCAUCUUUGAGCAAAUCUGGUCUGAUCAAGUAGAGCCAUUCUUGGCAAAUACCAUACUCGGCAAAGGUCAAACAAGAUUAGUCGAAGGCAGAUUGCGAAGUGUGUUAGGUUGGAUCUGGUGUGCUUUCUGGAUCACUUGGCCAGGCAUCGCAAUGGUGGACGUUUGGUCAGCCCAUGGGAUCAUGUGUCCAAUCACUGAAUCAGUCUUUUUCACGCCUUUGUUCAAUCUUAUCUUGUAA